CGACAGACAAAGGCACGGGGAGCAGCGCGAUCCUGCAGCAUCCACACCCACCCACACACACGCCGCGCAGCUACGCUGUUACCCAUAAUUCCACAGUGCCCGACCUAACCUCACCGCCACCACGGACGCCCCAACAGAACCCAGUGGCAUGGAGCUGGACUUCGGUCACUUCGACGAGCGGGACAAAGCGUCCCGGACCCCGCGGGGAGGGCGGGCCAACGGCCUGCCGAGCCCCACCCACAGCGCCCACUGCAGCUUCUAUCGCACUCGCACCCUGCAGGCACUGACCAACGAGAAGAAGGCCAAGAAGGUGCGUUUCUACCGCAACGGCGACCGCUACUUCAAGGGCAUCGUGUACGCCGUGGCGAACGACCGCUUCCGCACGUUCGACGCGCUGCUGGCUGACCUGACGCGCUCGCUGUCUGACCACAUCAACCUGCCACAGGGCGUCCGAUUCAUCUUCACCGUGGAUGGCAUGCGCAAGAUCACCAACCUGGACGAGCUGGAGGAGGGUGAGUGUUGUGUGUGUCUAACGUGUGUGCCCUCAGAGAACUACUACAAAAGGGUCGACUACACCAAGAAUGUCAACCCCAACUGGUCGGUGAACGUGAAGGCGUGCGCCAGUCAGAAGAACCUGGCGUCGCUGGCCAGCCGUGGGGGUGACAUGCGGGAGGGGAAAGACUUCGUGCGGCCCAAGCUGGUGACGGUCAUGCGCAGCGGCGUGAAACCCCGCAAGGCCGUGCGGGUGCUGCUCAACAAGAAGACGGCGCACUCGUUCGAGCAGGUGCUGACCGACAUCACCGAGGCCAUUAAGCUGGAGAGCGGAGUGGUGAAGAGGAUCUACACGCUGGAUGGGAAACAGGUGACCUGUCUCCAGGACUUCUUUGGCGAUGACGACGUCUUCAUCGCGUGUGGGCCAGAGAAGUUCCGCUAUGCGCAGGAUGAUUUCUCCUUGGACGAGAAUGAGUGCCGGGUGAUGAAGCCUCCUAAGGGACAGAGAGGUUCUGCUAAGAGUCCUGGGCCCAUUCGUCGUAGCAAGUCACCCGCUGAAUCCACUAAUGGGACAGGCUCCAGUAGUCAGCUCUCUACUCCCAUCUCAAAGCAGUCUCCCAUCUCCACCCCUACCAGUCCCGGAAGCACUCGCAAGCAGAAGGAUCUUUACCUGCCCCUCUCACUGGAUGACGACAAUGAUUCUCUGGGAGAAUCCAUGUAAACUCCUCCCACCUCUGUCGACGCCCAUCAAUCAACCUGAUCUGCCAGUCAAAGAGGUAUCUCUGGUGUUCUGCAUCUCUGAAACAUCAACAUUGCCCCCUAGUGGUGUGGAGGAGUGCACUUGUCACCCCAGCUGCCCCCUGGUUCAUGGCUUUAGCUGUUCAGGAUGCAGCAGCAGUGGUUCCCACACUCUUUGCUGCUUGAGAAUUCGUUGCAUCCAUUUCUGGCACCUUUUUCCGGGUUUAUCCCCCUCUUUUGUAUCAGUGUUUAAACUGUUCUGUAUGUGCAGGGCACAUGCAGUGAUUGUAACAAGUCAUGUACAAGGAAACAACAACAUGCCGAUUUUUACAAGCAGUCUGUUAGUUACAUUUUUUUUUUCCCUGCAUUUUGGAGUGAUUUUUAAAGUUAUAACAGAAACUGAUAUAAAAUGUAAAGUGUGUAUGUUAGUACGUUUCAUAUCAGUGCAACUCCUUUUGCUAACUGUUUAGUUGUUGUCACUUUAAAACUAAAAUUGCCAACUUUUUCAUACUGAUUUUUCAAUGCUUGGUUCUGCGAAUUGCAAGCAGCAAACAGACAUUUUUAGUAAGGUGUAUUAGUCUGACUUGUACAAAAACAAAAACAAAAACCUUGUUUCAGCAUUGAUCGCUUUUAUUAAUCCGUUUUAUGUAACCCUUUCCUCCCUGUCUGUGCCAUGGUUUGAUGUGGUUUAAAAUGAUUGGGAAUCGUUGUUUGGAAGGCCUUCUUCACGCUUCUAUAAAUAGGAUGUGCAUUCAUGUUCACUCAUCUCAUCACAGGGCUUUCUGGGUCUGUUUCUACCCUGCCACACACACUGCACGUGUGUUCCUCUGACGUGUUUGUGAAGUUUGAGCUGUAACCUUUUCCUUAAAGAGUGGAAAGGGGACUUUUGUUUUGACAUUUUAGGUGUAUAACUUAAAAAAACAAAAAACAAAUAAGUUUUGAAAAAGGGAAAAAAAAACUUUUCAGCCAAAGCCAUAUGUUUAGGUUCCUAUACAUGAACUGAGCACAGUCAUUAUACAGUUUUUUUUAAAGGUUAAAAAAAUGCAACUGAAUGCAAUCUGUACUGAUACAUAAAUUUUUUUUCUUUGCAAGGUAACAUGUAACGCCCAGUAUAGCAGUUAUGCUACAGCUGUAACAUAUGUGAAAAAAAGCCAAAGUUACGUCAGACUGAAGGAAGUAGCUUGUCAUUCUGUUUAUUAUUACAUUCUUCUGGUGGUGGUGUAUGUGUGACAUGGUUAAACUCUAUAGUUAGAAACUCCUCUAAAGAGAAUCUAAACAAUGAGCAAUGAGCAAAACUCGAUUUUCUAUAAUUGAAAAUGAUGGGGAUAAAAGAGCUUUCAUUUUAAUGCAUGGCGGUGUGUUGGAAAAUAAUCCCAAAUUUUGUCUAAUGUUCGGGGUCCUAUGUCAGUACUUCAUUCAAGUUCAACAUAGCUGUUUAAAUAGUGGAUAAUGUCAUAAUGGCUAUUCAUGAAUUUAAUUUAGGGAUCUGCCUACAGAGAAUGACUUUACAAAUGUGAGGUUUGCUUAAUGUUAACAGACUAUGAUUUGGUCUGUUAUUCUGAUUUUAUGAUUGGUAGACACACACACACACACACACACACACACACACACACACACACACACACACACACACACACACAAAGUCAAACACUCCUAUAUGUGAUUUCAUAACAAUUUCUGUUUUGACAACAUACACAAUAAACUAAAAGAUCUCACAGAUUUUCACUCAAACAGUGGGAUUAAUAUUAGUGUUGUCUUCUGAAACAUACACCACCAUUAAGAGUGGAUGGUGUUGGUGUAGCUCACCAUUAAAAGUGGAAGGUGUUGGUGUGGCUCACCAUUAAGAGUGGAAGGUGUUGGUGUGGCUCACCAUUAAGAGUGGAAGGUGUUGGCGUAGCUCACCAUUAAGAGUGGAAGGUGUUGGCGUAGCUCACCAUUAAGAGUGGAAGGUGUUGGUGUGGCUCACCAUUAAGAGUGGAAGGUGUUGGUGUGGCUCACCAUUAAGAGUGGAAGGUGUUGGCGUAGCUCACCAUUAAGAGUGGAAGGUGUUGACGUAGCUCACCAUUAGGAGUGGAAGGUGUUGGCGUAGCUCACCAUUAAGAGUGGAAGGUGUUGGUGUGGCUUACCAUUAAGAGUGGAAGGUGUUGACGUAGCUCACCAUUAAGAGUGGAAGGUGUUGGCGUAGAUCACCUUCUGUGGUGCCUUUUUUACCAUCUUGUUUUUUUUGUUUUUUUUUUUGAUAAAAAGAGGAAAAAAAUGAAAUUAAUGUAAAUUGAGACUGAAAUUCCCAAGUCUGUUCUCUUACACCAUAAUUGUUAUGCUGUUUGAAAAUCCUUUUUCUUCACUCUCUCUUCUCAUUUAAUUUGAAGUGAAUAAUUAUUUUAAAUAAUACAUUUUACAUCUGAUACUGCUAGUUUGAAACUGUUUGCUGGUUUUUGUAGUAUUUUAGGGUAACUUGUCACAUGGUGCAAAUUUUCUCUGUGUUUUGAACACAGUAUCUGGUGCACUGAUUCCUAUGGUUUGGAGAUAAAAUUUGAACUUCCUCUCUGAUGAUGAUGUAUUUCCUGCUGUGUCAUCGUGAGUUGUUUCAGUGGUGUCAUUCUGUGUAUUAACUUCUCUCCUUUUACAAUUAAAAUGAGAUGUAAUUCCA